AAAUUGGACAGAGAAAACAGACCCAGCAAAAUUUGUAUUUGAGGAUAUAGCGAUUGCAAGUUGGUUAAUUUCAUUAUGGAAAUUAGAAAGAGAGGAAAAAUGUCAAACAAGGCUACAGUCAUUUGUUGAUUUAGGAUGUGGAAAUGGUUUAUUGACAUUUUUACUUACAUCUGAGGGACAUGAGGGACAUGCAGAUUGGAUAAUUGGAAACCAUGCUGAUGAACUUGUUCCUUGGAUACCAAUAAUAGCUUCAAGGUCUUCAAAUAAUACAAAUUUUAUGGUAAUUCCAUGUUGUUUUUACGCACUUUCCGGAACAAAAUAUACAUUUGAAAAACAGAUAAUUUCUAGUGGAAAGUAUAAGGCAUAUCAAGAAUAUAUUCACGAAAUAAUUGAUAAAUGUGGAUUUAUUGUUGAAUAUGAUUGGUUAAGAAUACCUAGCACAAAAAAUGUUGCUAUGGUUUUGCUAAUCAAUUUCGCACAAACACCAAUAUAUACUUCAAGAAGGUAA